AUGGAAGCUUGUUCUACCUUGCUCAACACCUUUCCAACCGUAAAUUAUUUGGUAUUCAGGGGAACCGAUAGCAUUUUCAAUGACCUUGAAGAUUUGGAUUUUGUCACCCAAAAAAAUUAUCCAGAUCCCAGUGCCACGUCGAUACCAUGUACCAGUGGCACCCCAAAGGUCUCUAGUGGUUUUUAUGAUACUUGGUACGGAGUUGGGGGCGGUGGCCUUCGCUCAAGGGUGGUCGAUAUCAUUGAGCAACAUUCCAUCGAUAGUUUAACCAUCCUUGGUCACAGUUUGGGUGGAGCCAUGGCAACUCUUGCAUCUUUGGAUUUCGCAUUAUCAUAUUCACCCUAUGGAAACAUGACCGUGUACACCUAUGGGUCGCCCAGAGUUGGAAAUGAGGAUUUCGAGGUGUGCUUCGAUUCCUAUGUUCAUUCAAGCUACAGAGUCGUCAACUACGAGGACACAAUUCCUCAUCUCCCAUUACCUGUGUUCAACCUCCUUGGAGCCGAUGCCACCUACACCCAUGUCAGCACUGAGGUGUGGUUCGAUGACUACGAAGAGAAUCCUUUUCAGUUCCCUCAUUUCGUCGUUUGCCCAUUGACCGAACAACCAAACUGUUCCACAGGUAGCUCAGUUCCAUGGACCCAAUUUGACACGAUAGACUCUGUCAUGCUAUACCAUCGGAGUUAUUUUGCCUUUGACCUCGAAACCUUCUGCCAUGGCUGGACUGAAACUGAGCUGGGACAUCCUACAAUCUCUCUAAAUAUCACCAGAUAUUGGAUUGCAGGAGGAUUCAACUACACCAAUGUAGUUGGGACCCUCUCCAACGAUGGAGCCGUCGACAUUGUCAAUCCAGUCUUUAGGUCUGAUCCAAAUAUCGAGCCUGUUAGUAUGUGGGGACUAACUCCAUCAACCGUCAACGGCACCAUCUAUUGGCGUCUCUCCCCAGUUGGCGGCGUUACACCAAUCAUCCCCGCUGGUUCUGAAUAUGUGUUUGCAUUUACCAACAAUUCAACUUCAUCCUACUCCUUCACACGAAUCCAAUAA